AAAACAGUUGAGAAGAAAAUUAACACUUCUUUGAGGGCCUCCACAAGUGCUCUGUACUCGGUAAGGUUAGUAUUGACUUAUAACUUUUAUUUUAUAUUGACGAUAUUUAUGACUUCCUCAAAAAUAUAUAGAGAAGAGUUGAUGUUCACAUUUGAAUAAUUGGAUGACUGGAUUAUGUGGCAAUCAAAACAAACACCCACAUCAGCUUGUGAUAAAAGUUCAAGAGUGAUGAAAUAAUUAAAAGGUAAGUUUUAACUUAUUUCACACUUAGAAUUCAAGAUGAUAAUCUUUUAUAAGGAAGACUUUUCCAAGUGCAGUGCAGAGAAACAAUAAACAGUUUAUUUGGGGUAAGUAGUGCAACAAUUGAUUGAAUCAGAUCACAUAUAACUUCUCUUCUACUUCUUCUACAGAUCACGUCUUCUGGGUCUUCAAUUGAUAGUUAUACCAUGUUGAUUUCCAAGUCCAACCGAAUCUUUAUCUUAGUGAUUCAGUUCUUAUGUCUGUUUGUCAAAACCAAUUUCUCAGUAAGAACAGGAGGUGAUACAAUCUCUUCAAACCAAACCCUGAAUGGGUUUUCAACCAUUGUCUCUGCAGGUGGGGUGUUUGUGCUUGGAUUCUUUAGCCCAGGUAACAAUGAAAACUACUAUGUAGGCAUAUGGUACCAAGUGGAUCCUUCUCGGAGUGUAGUUUGGAUAGCAAACAGAGAAAAACCAGUUUCCUUCUACUCACACCUAAGAAUCUCAGAUGGCAAUUUAGUUCUUUUCAAUGAAGAUGAAGUUCCAAUUUGGUCCACAAAUGUGAACUCCAGCAGCUCCUGUGUACAGGCAGUAAUUAAAGAUGAUGGGAACCUCAUCUUAAUUAAUUGUUCCAAUCCCACAAAAACUUUAUGGAAAAGUUUUGAUUACCCUUCCCAUACCUUUCUACCAGGUAAUCAAAUUGGAUACAACAAAGUAACCAAAACUCACAGGGUUCUGACUUCAUGGAAGAAUUCCAAAGACCCUUUACCCGGCCUUUACAGUUUUCAUCUAAACGAAACUGACAACUCGUAUAUCCUAAUAUGGAAUAGGUCCAUAACAUAUUGGAGUAGUGGACCAUGGAGCGGACAUAAUUUUCGCUCAGUCCGUUCCACACUUGAAAUCUCCUACAAUUUAAUGUACGAAUCAAAUGGAUAUGAAAGCUACUUUACAUAUUCUGUAAGAAAUACAACGAUGAUAUCUCAAGUAUUCCUAGAUGUUUCUGGGCAACUAAAGCUAUUCAACUGGCUUUUCGCUUCUAAGAAAUGGGAACUCAGUGGGUCCCAUCCGGGACAACACUGUGAAGUUUAUGCCUUUUGUGGAGCAAAUAGCCUCUGCGAUCACAAUUACUUACCCUUCUGCCGCUGCUUAACAGGGUUCACACCAAAGUUUCAGAGUGAAUGGGAUUUAAAGGAAUAUUCCAAUGGAUGUAUCAGAGAAAGGGCAUUGCAGUGUGGUAAUGACAGUUUGGAUAAUGUUGGGGGAGAUAGAUUUCUUGAAAUACCUUAUGUUAACUUGCCAAAAGAUAAUGAAUCUUUAAGAACAGGGGCCAUCCAAGACUGUGCUUCCACAUGUUUAAGUAUGUGCUCAUGCAUCGCUUAUGCCCACAACAACAGUGGUUGUUUAUUUUGGACAGAAGAUCUCUUAAAUGUGAAGCAACUCACUGCUAAUGACAGCAAUAGUAAAUCUCUCUAUAUUCGACUUUCAGCUUCUGAGUUUGAGGAUCGUAAUAACAAAGGUAGGAUGGUUUUGAAGUCUAAGAUACUCUAUGUUAUUCUUGGAAUUAUAGCGGCUAUUGUUCUAAUCUCAAGUAUUGCUUGUUAUGGAUAUUAUCAAAGAAGAAAACAGAGCAAAAGAAAAGGUGACAAAAUGAUAACUUGGGGAAAACAGGCAAUCCACUUGUAUGAUACUGAGAAACAAAUUGCAAACUUUAUAAAGUCAGGGCAGUUUAGAGAAGAUGAAACAGAAAGUAUAGAUGUACCCUUUGUUGCUUUAGAAAUUAUAGUAGUGGCUACAGAUAAUUUUUCAGAUGCAAACAAACUUGGAGAAGGUGGUUUUGGCCCUGUUUAUAAGGGAAAAUUUCCAGGAGGUCAAGAAAUUGCUAUAAAGAGACUCUCUAGAGGUUCAAGACAAGGCUUUGAGGAAUUUAAGAAUGAAGUUACUUUGAUUGCCAAACUUCAGCAUCGGAACCUUGUCAGACUUUUGGGCUAUUGUGUUGAAGGAGAAGAAAAAUUGUUACUCUAUGAAUAUAUGCCUAACAAGAGCUUGGACUCGUUCAUAUUUGGUGGGACACUAAGCAUGUUCUUGAACUGGGAGUUACGCUUUGAUAUCAUAGUGGGAAUAGCUAGAGGGCUUGUUUACCUCCACCAAGAUUCAAGAUUAAGAAUUAUCCAUAGAGAUUUGAAAACAAGCAAUGUUCUAUUAGAUGAGGAGCUGAACCCCAAAAUUUCUGACUUUGGUUUGGCAAGGAUUUUUGGAGGCAAACAAACUGAAGCAAGUACAAGACGAGUAGUAGGAACAUACGGUUAUAUGUCUCCAGAAUAUGCAUUAAAUGGACUUUUCUCAAUCAAGUCCGACGUUUUCAGUUUUGGUGUUAUGCUUUUAGAAAUCAUAAGCGGAAAAAGAAACACUGAAUUUUACCAAUCAGAGGAAGCUUGGGGCCUUCUAGGAUAUGCAUGGAAAUUGUGGAAAGAUAACAAGGCAUUGGAUCUAAUGGAUGCAAGGUUAAGUGAGAGUUGCAAUAGAAAUGAAUUUAUGAGGUGUGUUAACGUGGCUCUAUUGUGCGUACAAGAGAGCUCAAGUGAUCGCCCCACCAUGCCAAAUGUGGUAUUCAUGCUUGGAAAUGAGACAACAUUUUUGUCAAAUCCCAAGCAACCAGCCUUUGUUUCAUGGAUUUCUCCUUCUAUCUCUACCUCUCCCAAUAAACCUUCAUCAUCAGUCAACAAGUUAACAACUACCUUAGUGCAAGGUCGAUAAUAAACACAAGUUUUUCUGGAAAAAAAUUCUUAUUAUCCAAGUUGUGCGUUGUAAAAAAAAGAAUCAUACAAAUAUAAGACUCAAAUUAAUUGCUUCCACUCAUGCUCAAUAUUAUUUACAAAAUUAUAGUAAUUUCUUCGUUUUUUAA